AUGUCCGAUCUCGCAGUAGAGCUUACCGCGCCCAAUGGCGUCAAGUAUACCCAGCCAAUUGGCCUCUUCAUCAACAAUGAAUGGGUGAAGUCGACGUCCGGCGAGAAGAUCACGAGCAUCAACCCAACAGACGAGUCAGAGAUAGCUUCAGUCUACGCCGCCGACCCCGAAGACGUCGACAAAGCCGUCGCCGCAGCACGCAAAGCAUUCAAAGCCUCCUCAUGGCGAGACUUGUCCAGCACAUCGCGCGGGGACCUGAUGUUCAAACUCGCCGCGUUGGUCGAGCAGAACAAGGAGACGCUGGCGACCAUCGAGACGUGGGACAACGGCAAACCAUACCAGGUCGCGCUGAACGAAGACAUGGCCGAGGUUGCGGGGACGAUCAAGUACUACGCCGGCUACGCGGACAAGAUCCACGGACAAGUCAUUGACACGGGACCAAAUAAGCUUACCUAUACCAUCCGGGAACCGAUCGGUGUCUGCGGCCAGAUUAUUCCCUGGAACUACCCUCUUGCCAUGGCGGCAUGGAAGCUAGGUCCCGCUCUCGCAUGCGGUAACACCGUGGUGAUUAAAGCUGCCGAGCAGACGCCGCUGUCCAUCCUCUAUUUCGCCAACCUCGUCAAGGAAGCCGGCUUCCCACCCGGCGUGGUGAAUAUCAUCAACGGUUACGGCCGGAAAGCCGGGGCUGCGAUUGCGCAGCAUUUGGAUAUCGACAAGAUCGCCUUCACGGGCAGCACAGCGACCGGGCGCGAGAUCAUGAAGAUGGCCUCCGUCAACAUGAAGAACAUCACCCUCGAGACAGGCGGCAAGUCUCCGCUGCUAGUCUUCGAGGACGCGGACCUCGAACAGGCCGUCAAGUGGGCACACAUUGGUAUCAUGUCGAAUAUGGGCCAGAUCUGCACUGCCACCUCUCGCAUCCUCGUGCAGGACGGGAUCUACGACAAAUUCAUCUCCGCAUUCAAGGACCACAUGGCCUCGACCAGCAAAGUCGGCGAUCCGUUCAACGACGAGACGUUCCAGGGCCCGCAGGUCACGAAGGCGCAGUACGAGCGCGUGCUGUCUUACAUCGAGGCCGGCAAGUCUGAAGGCGCGACUCUCGCUGCUGGCGGCGAGGUGUUUAAGAACGCGGGUGGGAAAGGCUUCUUCAUCGAGCCGACCAUCUUCACGGACGUGAAAGACAACAUGAAGAUCUUCCGGGAAGAGGUGUUCGGUCCCUUUGUGGUCAUUAGCUCGUUCAAGACGGAAGAGGAGGCGGUUGACAGGGCAAACGACACGACGUACGGUCUCGGUAGCGCUGUCUUUACCAAGGAUAUCGUCAAGGCGCACCGCGUUGCGAGAAGAAUCGAGGCUGGUAUGGUUUGGAUAAACAGCAGUAACGACAGUGACUUCAGGGUGCCCUUCGGCGGCGUCAAGCAAAGCGGGAUAGGCAGAGAACUCGGGGAGGCGGGCCUCGCGGCUUACUGCAAUACCAAAUCAGUAAUGACAAAUCUCGGCAGCUGGUUGUAG